UCUUUCUCUGUCUCCCUCUCCCCACACCAAAGCAGCAAGCAAGCAAGCGCACCACAAAGCCAAGCUCUUCUCAGCUUUGCUCGAAACUCGCCCCCACCCACACCCACAAUGGCGGCUUCAGUAGCUUGCUUCUUCUUCUUUGAUGCGGAGCCGCUCGCCGAGCUCGGCAUGCCGGCGCUAGACGCGUGCGCGCUCUGCGCCAAGCCGCUGGCGUGCGACAGCGACAUCUUCAUGUACAAGGGGGACACGCCCUUUUGCAGCGAGGAGUGCCGCCACGAGCAGAUGCACCUCGACGCUAUCUGCUCCAGGCAGGCCGCCCGGAGGCAGCAGCGGCUCUCGUCGGGAUCGGAGGCCCGGCGCUGGCAUCAAGAGUCUGGGAAGGUGUCCGUCGCGAGCUAGCCGGCAAAGCUCGUAACCCAGUAGAGUAGAGUUUGGCUUGAAUCCACGGGAUCCGAAGAAUCACCGAUCUGGCGAUACGAAGGAGCUUGGUCUCGCUGCUUUAUCUCUUGCCUGAGCAGGAGAGGAAGUGAAGGACAUAUCUAUCAUAGUUCAUGUGCUGAGGCAGUGAGGCUCCGGCCAUCUGGGUCGCCCACUGGACGCUUCCUUCUCUUGGCCCCGACUGACUCCUUUGUGCCUCUGUGUGUCUUUGUUUGAGGCUUUUGAGCCGCGGCUUGUGCAACACCAUAUGUAAAUCGAAAUCAACCCAAAUUUUUGGCCACCGAUCGUGACCUGUCUGAGCUUUAUGUUUUCGAUCAAUC